CUGCCGAUCUGGCCAUUACCGCGGACGCCAUUUGCCGAUCUCAUCACCGGCCAGGCCGGUACGGUCGCAGUGGCGAGCAACGACAGCGACUUUGGCGCGCUCUUCGUCAAGGUUCGUGAGUUGGCGGCGGCUGACCCUCACGACAUCCCGUUCCUGUGGAUCACCGCGCCCGAAGCCGGAGGUUUGUCCGGCGAAAUCGAGCAGUUCAUUCCCGACCGCUACCGCUGGGACCUGUCGGCUGCUCCGGCGCCGGUGUCGCCAGCCGUAUCUCUGGUACCGGAGGUGGCCGCGCCCCCGCCGCCGCGCAGUCUGCCCCAAGCGGCCCGGCCCGCCCUGCAGUCUGCGGCCUCCCAGACGCCGGUCAGCGAUGAAGCAGUCGCGGAAGAAUUGCUGCGGCAGCUACCCGUGGGGCGUUUCCGCGCCGGCGACGCCCAGCAGGUGGUCAGUCGGCGCUGGCCGGAGCAUCCGGCCGCCGGCGAAGCUUCCCGGUUCGGGCUGUUCCUGCUCAACCGGAUCUGGCCUCUGCUGGAAAAACGCGGCGUCACGAUGCCUCGCCAGGGCUCGCCUCGCACCUACGAAAUUACACCGGGGUCCCCGGGCGCCGUGGCGAAGCAGGUGCCCCGGCAAGAAACCAAGCCAGCCAUGACGGCAUCGCCGGAACCCACGCCCGAGCCCAGCCUUGCCCAGUUGGCCGCCACCGUCGCCGCCGGCAUCACCGACGACGUGUUCAAGGCAUCCGAUGCCCAGGCCGCCCUGAAAGGCCGGACACCCCCGCAUCCUGCCGCGUCCUUCACGGCGGCGCAAUUCGGGAUCUGGUUCGCCAAGCAACUCUGGCCCAUCAUGGAGGAACACGGCGUCACCAUCGCCAAGGAAAAACCGCGCCGCUAUGAGAUGACCCCCGACGCGCGCCACAACCUGAUCGCCCUUGCCUGA